GCAGCCCCCUGCGCCGCACGCGGUGGACGAGGCCGGCAGGGCGUGCUGAGCGAUGCCGGGAAAGCUCCGCAGCGAGGCCCGUUCGGGACCCGGCGCGGCCGCCGAGGACAUGGAGACGCCGCGGAAGCCCAGCGAGAAGAAAUCCAGAAAAGAGAAGACAACAUCUAAGACUGAAGAGCCAGUACAAGGGGUUGAAGAAAUAACUGUCCCCAAAGCUAAGACAGCUAAAAGGAAAGCAGGGCAGCCUGAAGUUGAUGUGGGUUCUCCUAAGUCCAAAAAGGUAAAGAAGCAAGAAGAGCCUUCUCAAGAUGACGUCAUCUCUCCUAAAUCCAAAACUGCCAAAAAGAAAAAGGAGUCCCGUGAGGAGACAGCGGUUGUUGCUAAAGCCCCCAAAAUGAUAAACAGUAGGGAGCCUUCCGAGGAAGAUGCCCGUGCUCCUAAACCCGGGAGGGUGAAGAGAGAAAGGGAAGGGAAUGGAGGAAUUGGAGGGAAAAGCCCCAAAUUGAAGGAUGGAGGUUCUCCUUCUGAAUCUGACUCCAGUGAAGCCACAGGUGAAGAAAGCAGCAGUGAAGCAGAGCAGGAAAUACCUGUGGAACAAAAAGAAGGCGCUUUCUCUAAUUUCCCCAUAUCUGAAGAGACUAUUAAGCUUCUCAAAGCUCGUGGCGUGAACUUCCUGUUUCCUGUACAAGCAAAGACAUUCCACCAUGUGUAUAGCGGAAAAGACCUAAUUGCCCAGGCGCGCACAGGAACUGGGAAGACAUUCUCGUUUGCCAUCCCUUUGAUUGAGAAACUCCAGGGCACACUGCAAGACAGAAAACGAGGUCGUGCCCCCCAGGUACUGGUUCUCGCACCAACAAGAGAGCUGGCGAAUCAAGUCAGCAGAGACUUCAGUGACAUCACCAAGAAGCUGUCAGUGGCUUGUUUUUAUGGGGGGACUCCCUAUGGUGGUCAGAUUGAACGAAUGCGGAAUGGGAUUGAUAUCCUGGUUGGGACACCAGGUCGAAUCAAAGACCACCUACAGAGUGGCAAGCUAGAUCUCAGCAAACUGAAACACGUUGUCCUGGAUGAAGUUGAUCAGAUGUUGGAUAUGGGCUUUGCUGAUCAAGUGGAAGAGAUUUUGUGUGUGGCAUACAAGAAAGAUUCUGAAGACAAUCCCCAAACAUUGCUUUUUUCUGCAACUUGCCCUCACUGGGUAUUUAAUGUUGCUAAGAAAUACAUGAAAUCUGCAUAUGAACAGGUGGACCUGAUUGGUAAAAAGACUCAGAAAGCAGCAAUAACUGUGGAGCAUUUGGCUAUUAAAUGCCACUGGACUCAGAGGGCGGCAGUUAUUGGGGAUGUGAUCCGAGUGUACAGCGGUCAUCAAGGACGCACGAUCAUCUUCUGUGAAACCAAGAAAGAUGCCCAGGAGCUGUCACAGAAUACCUCCAUAAAGCAGGAUGCCCAGUCGUUACAUGGAGAUAUUCCACAGAAACAAAGGGAAAUUACCCUGAAAGGUUUCAGAAAUGGUGAUUUUGGAGUUUUGGUGGCAACCAACGUUGCUGCACGUGGGUUAGACAUCCCUGAGGUUGAUUUGGUUGUACAAAGCUGUCCACCAAAGGAUGUGGAAUCCUACAUUCAUCGUUCUGGGCGGACAGGGCGAGCUGGAAGAACAGGGGUCUGCAUCUGCUUCUACCAACACAAGGAAGAGUACCAGUUAGCUCAAGUGGAGCAAAAAGCUGGAAUUAAAUUUAAACGCAUUGGUGUACCUUCUGCAACAGAAAUAAUAAAAGCUUCCAGCAAAGAUGCCAUCAGGCUUUUAGAUUCUGUGCCUCCCACUGCCAUUGGCCACUUCAAGCAGUCAGCUGAGAAGCUGAUAGAAGAGAAGGGAGCUGUGGAGGCCCUGGCAGCAGCACUGGCCCACAUUUCAGGAGCCACGUCGGUAGACCAGCGCUCCUUGAUGAACUCAGAGGCGGGCUUUGUGACCAUGGUCCUGCGGUGUUCAAUUGAGAUGCCAAACAUUAGUUACGCUUGGAAAGAACUUAAAGAGCAGCUGGGUGAGAGCAUCGACUCCAAAGUAAAGGGAAUGGUCUUCCUCAAAGGAAAGCUGGGUGUUUGUUUUGAUGUCCGUACCGAAGCAGUAACAGAAAUGCAGGAGAAAUGGCGUGACUCCCGACGCUGGCAGCUCUCGGUGGCUACAGAGCAACCUGAACUGGAAGGACCGCUGGAAGGGUUUCGAGGUGGAAGGGGUCAGCGGGAUGGUGGCCGUGGUUUCAGAGGACAGCGGAAUGGAAACAGAAACUUCAGGGGACAGGGACAGCGGGGAGGAAGUAGAAACUUCAGGGGACAGGGAUCAGGAGGUGGCAGCAGAAGCAACAGACCCCCAAACAAAGGGCAGAAGCGGAGCUUUGGUAAAGCUUUCGGGCAGUGAUAGGUUGGAGAGGGUCACAGUGGGCAGCGGAGAUGGACUUGGCAGUGUGGAACUGCAUGCUGUUUACACACACAGUUGAGAGCCCUUCUGAUCAUCCCUGGGGGUGGGGGGGGGCGUUCUAUAAGUUCCUUCAUCUGACUUUUAUCAUUUGAACUACUUUUUAAAAUCAGGUCUUAUGGGUUUUUUGUUUGUUUUUGUUGUUUCAAAAUGAGGUCUCACUCUGGCCCAGGCUGACCUGGAAUUCACCAUGUAGUCUUAGGCUGUUCUCAAACUCACAGUGAUCCUCCCGUCUCUCCUUCCAGAGUGCUGGGAUUAAAGGCGUACACCUCCACACCCAGCAGUGAAAACCAGGUUUUCAUUGUGCAGUGGAAUGUGAAUUCAUUCCAUCUUCACUCUACUGCAUUAUCUGUACAAUUACAAGAUAAAAUCAAGCAUGUAUCUGUCUGUCCUCUUAAGUUGACCUGGAUGUUCAUCUCUUUUGUUUGUUUGGUGAUGGGAUUUGAACCCAGGCCUGACACAUGCUAAGCAUGUGCCAUACAACCAAGCUGCAUCUCCUGUCUCCCAGAGAGUCUUUACUAGGGCUCUCUAAUGGAAAUACCCAAGGGAAUGCAGCCAUCUUAGCCUUCGGGAGCUAGGGCUUUUUUUUUGUUUUUUCUUCUCUAAUUGGCAUUCCUUCAGUUACUUGUGUGUACCUCCACACUCCUGAGAAUUAAACUUAGCGAUGGUUUUGAAUUGGCAUUUCAAACUUAGUUGAGUGAACACUUGCUUUAUACCAGUCUGUAGACUUGGAGGUUAAAGUUCAUUCUGUGUACAUUACCCACAGUGUGCAUCUUAAUGGCCUUUAGUUUCUCUUGAGGUGGUUUAUGUUCCAGUGAAUUCUCUACAAAUAAUGUUUAAAGAAGCACAUUUUAGUAGAGACCUAGUAUCUUUAAAGUUAAUUUGAAAUAUAUGAGAUGGUCCUAUAGCUUUCUAAGUAAGGCUGGAUAAAUGGUAUUUAAACACUUGUAAUGCACUUUUGGACGAUGGACGUAAUUUACCAAGACGGACUUCAGGGAGCGGAGGGUGGUGUGCACUGCUGAAGAGCAUGCCCAGAAAGCCCACUAAGCGGCUUUGUGAGUGAAGCUGUGUGAUUAGCAUUUUUUACAUAGGGGUGGCCUAUAGCUCAUGAACAUUUCAUGAAGUUAACUGGUAAGCAAGUGGGACUUUUAAGCAGCUGAUGGUCCAAUAUAGGUUCUAAAUAACCUAGAUUUUAAGCUACAGUGUGGAAUCAUUUCGGUUCAACUGCAUCUCUGUUGGUAGAUUAUCACUGCUUAGAAGUGUUUUUGUGGGGGGGGGUAGGGUCUCUGAAGUUCCAGGAUGGCCUCUCAAAUUUACUGCAGUCCUCUUACGUCUGCCCCUGAGUGCUGGGAUUAAAGGUGUGUACCACCAUACCUAGCUGAGACUUCUUUAAGAAAAACUGUAUGGUUCUUUCAAGCUGUUGCUUUGAGAGAACUGAAGAACUCUGAGGAGUGCUGUUGUCUGGCUUUAUUAGAGAAUCUGUACUGGGGAUCAUAAAAGAAAAUUAAAACCACAUAGUCUUUUUUUCCGGUUUUUCAAGGUAGAGUCUCCCUUUAGCUCAGACUGACCUGGAAUCCACUAUGUAGAUCAGGCGACCUCAAACUCAUAGCCAUCCUCCUACCUCUGCCUCCCGAGGACUGGUAUCAAAGGCAUGCACCUCCACACCUGGCUCCGCAUGAUCAUUUUUUAUCCAGUUAGUCUGAACACCUAAACUCAUUCCAGGCCUACCGUUUUCUUUCUGUGGCCUUUUCCACUUCACUGCCUCUUCCUCGAUUGCCUUCAGUAGAGAUUAUGAUGGCCAGCUCAACUCCUGAUGGCUUGAGACAAUACCUGAAGUACUCAGUUACUGGUUUUCAUUCUUCAACCCCCUUGUCAGUUUUCACUUCAUUCUUGUUCAUGGCUGCCCAUCAAGUCACAGAUGGAUUUGUGUGUGUUAUAAUUUUAUUAGGUUCUGUUCUUGCUCAAAUACUGGGAAUGCUUUAAUAACAAUCCAAACAUUCCACAAUUAGGAGAGAGGUGGGUACCUUACCACCUAGGUUUCAAAAAGAUAUGUUAGCUGCCUUUUCAGAAGGCACAACCAAAACCUAGGUGUGGGUUGUGGAUUAGCACACAGGAAAGAAUCAGGCAUAAACUAAAAGGAAAGGUGGGUAGGAGUCUAAAUUACACUUCUCUUAAAUAAAACAUGACUUUGUGGAAUACAUGAAACUGAUGUUUCUUCAGGUUCCCAGAAUCUAAACCAUGUUUAUAAAUAUUUAAAUAAAUUAGAUUAGUCUGGGAAAUUGUUACCAUUUUUACUGUUUUCUACAGAGAAAAUAUUUUUUUCACUUUAUUGGACAACUCAGUGGACUUCUCAAUUGCAAUCCAUUUUUUUAUGUGGAGCUGUGUGUGUAGUGGUUUCUCUGCAGUUGUACAUAAAAUGUUUUUACAAUAAAAUGAGUUAAUGUAUAAAAUACUACUUUAUGCUGUAAUAAAAAUAUUAAUACUUUUA